AUGGAAGAGGAUGGGUAUAUUCUGAUUCCCAACUCUAUCAAGAGGCAAGAUGUUGAUGAACAUGGCCAAGAGCUGCCCCUUUGCUUGUCUGAGAUCGACAAUUUCAUCGAAUGCAUACAACCCUCUAUUUGGGCUCUGAAUGUUUUUCUUCACCAGAACCCCGAGCUAGGCUUCGAGGAACACAAAGCUCAUGAUGCCUUGACCAACUUCAUGCGCAACCAGAAUGGCUGGAAGGUCACACCUUCGGUUUAUGGCAUGGAAACAGCAUGGAUGAGUGUUUAUGACAGCAAAAUGCCAGGCCCAGCGGUCUCAUUCAACGUGGAGAUGGAUGCCCUCCCUGGGUUAGGACAUGCAUGCGGUCACAACCUCAUUGCCGUCACAUCGGUAGCUGCAGCUCUAGCAACAGCAGAGAUGAUGCGGACUCAUCACAUCGGUGGCAAAGUCGUUGUGUUUGGGACACCAGCAGAAGAAGGCGGCGGCGGUGGCAAGAUUAAACUCCUCGAUGCGGGUGCCUACGACGAUGUUGAUGUCUCAAUCAUCUCCCAUGCCGGAAUCCUGAAUAACAGCCCGAUGGUCCGCACAACGGCUUACACGCGCCUCAAUGUUUCGUAUCUUGGCCGUGCAGCACAUGCAGCCAACAGCCCUUGGCUCGGGAUUAAUGCCCUGGAUGCUCUCGUCGUGGCGUACAACAGCAUCUCAGUCCUGCGCCAGCAGUUGCGGCCAGAUGACAUCGUCGGUCUCCAAAUUACAGAUGGUGGUAACAAGCCAAAUGUGAUCCACGAGCGUGCCGCAGGUGUGGCAGUUCUUCGAGCAACUAGCUUGUCCCGGCUGCAAGAACUGCAACAGAAGGUUGAGGCGUGCUUUCUAGCUGGUGCUCAGGCCACAGGUGCUCAAGUAGCUAUCGAAGUGACCCCAGGCUACUAUGACCACGUCCCAAAUCGCGUACUCGCAGCUUCGUGGCGAAAGUAUUGGGGGGCUUUGUCUGAUCCUCCCGGACCACCUUUACCUUUACCAGGUCAGUUUACAUGGGUGAAGGCCAGUACUGAUCAAGGGAAUCUGAGCUAUGCUUUGCCAAGCAUGAAUGUCAGUUUCGCCAUCCCUCCCGGCCCUGGUGGUGGACAACCGCACACUCGUGACUUUGAGAAGGCAUCGGGCACGAGAGGAGCGUUCGAAAGAGCGAUGAGGGUGGCCAAAGCCAUGGCAGGCACAGCAGUGGACGUAUGUGCUACACCUGGGCUGGUAGACAAAAUCAAGGAGCAGUGGAAACAAGAUAUGGCAGAAUAUCGCAACUAG